AAUAAAAAAACUUCGUGAAUUAAAUGACGGUUUGCAAAUUAGUUUCAUUCAAAAACUAAGGAGUCUACUAAGGAGUAUGAAUCUAAGUUAGAGCAACUUUCAAACUCAAGAGAACGGUUAGAUUACUCUCAGAAUUAUCCAGCAAUUGGAAUUUUGCGUACUUCAGACGAUUUCCGAAGGGUACACAUUGGUAGAAACCAGUGGGUCACUGAAAAACAGUACAGUAAUUUACUAAAUAAUUCAAAAACACCCAGUCAAUGUGCUAGUAAUAUAUUAACGCUAGUUUUCAGUAUUGAAGAAUUAACGACUAGCACAAAAACUGGAUAUGAAAGUAAUAAGAAACUAAGUAAAUUACGUGACUUAAAUAAAGAAACGAAGAGAUUGGGUAAAUUAAAAUGCCCAAAAUUGGACGAAAUAAAAUACGGUGCUUGUGAAGAUUAUUAUAUAUAUUGGAUGAAACAUAUUUAUAAACCAAAUAAAGAAGGAAAAACAUUGUUUUUGUCAGAUAUGUUGAAAUUUGAUAUUUUUGCGGGAAGAAAAAUUGCAGAAAUGAAAAGACCAGAGAGAAAAACAUCAAAAUUAAAAUCACGAAAACUUGUGGAAACUGAAUCAGAUGAUGGAAAAAACUCGAAUGAAAAGCAUUCUGAUUCUGAUAAUGAAGUAAUUUGUGAAGCUGAAAUUAAUCAGUAUAAAAUACAUUCCGCUAAUAAGACUGAAAAACCCUCAACGGAAAUUGAAACAAAUGACAAACCAAAUGAAUAUGAUACUAGAAAAGGAGUAAAUAAAACUACUAAGGAGACUACUAAGGAGACUACUAAGGAGACUACUUCUACUAAUGAGACAGAUGAUGCAAUAAGUGAUACCAAUUUUGAUUGGACUCCAACUAAUUCAUCGGCUUCAGAUGUUGAGGACAUCUGAAUCAAGUCUUAGAGAGAAUAGUUUAGAUGACGUUUUAAGUUUAACAAAUACUUUAAAUUUGUUACUGAAUAAAAGUUUUUUAUCAGUGUU